GCCCGCCGGAGCGCGAUGGAGGGGUCCGCCUACCCGGGGGAGGAGGAAGAGGAGGAGGAGCUGGAGCCGCCCUACGGCCGCGGCGCCCACUCGUGCUCCUCCCUCAUCCGCCUCGAGCAGGAGGCCAAGCGCAGGAAGCGGGCGCAGCAGCAGCAGCGAUGCCUCUACACCAUCAUGCCAGGGAGGCAGAAUAGUGAUGAGGAUGUGCUGGACCUGGCUGAAUACACAAAGAAUCAACCGUGGUGGCGCAAACUAUUUGGGCCGAGUUCAACGUCCAGUGAAGAAAAAUACAACGUGGCCACCCAGCUGGCGAUUGGAGGCGUCACGGGAUGGUGCACCGGGUUCAUCUUCCAGAAGGUUGGCAAACUAGCAGCGACAGCAGUGGGCGGGGGCUUCUUCUUGCUUCAGCUUGCAAACCACACAGGAUACAUCAAAAUCGACUGGAAGAUGGUGGAGCGAGAUGUAAGCAAAGCUAAGAAGCACCUGAAGUUUUCGGGUAGCACCUCCAGCAAGCUGGCGCCAGAGAUGAAGAGCCAAUUUGAUGAGGCCAUCGGUUUUCUGAAGAGGAACGUUCUGCUGUCUGGAGGCUUCGUUGGUGGGUUCUUGCUUGGCAUGGCUUCUUAGGAGUCCUGCCCAAUCGGCCUUUCCAUCUGCUGGUACUGCGCCCAUCUUCUGCUUGAUUCCUCCAGUGCCCGGUUUGCCCACUGAAGCACUCAGCCUCCUGACUUGCCUUUUUUUUUUUUUUGAUACCUGCAAAGUAGCACCUAGAAACACCACCACUAGCCCCCUUUCCCCCCCCCCAUUGGUUCCUCCUUUUUUUAUUCGAUACAGGAGGGAAAUUGGAUUAAUCUUCAGGAUGCACUCAAUCCCUGCCUGAGAUUCCAGAAUCUGCAGAAUUCCCCUUCCUUCCCACAGCGUUUAUUUUUCCCCCUUUCGCUGGCGUAACCUAGACACCUUACUGUGGAAGGGGACCCAUAGCAUCUGCUUUUGCGUUCACCUUCUCAUUAAGGGUCAAGAGAACUUCCUGCACCUCCUCGCAGACCACAGAAGCCAGCAGGUCUACAGGAUGGGAUGAGAGCAUAUCCUGAAAUAACUGCCAUCUAGAAAUGGCCGCUGCUUCCUGGCUUCCUGGCAAAGUCGGUGCUUGGGAGCAACUCAUCCAAGUUUUUUAUUUAUACUACAGGAUUACUGGAAUAAUCUGUGGAAACUCUUUUGACUGCUGUGUGGGAUUCUCUGUAGUCCUCCAUGUCUGACUGGAGGCCUGGAAGACUCGGCAGGGCUGCCUAUCAAGGAAAACAUCGUUCGUGGUAGCUCUGUGGAGACAGUCAAAGUAAAACUGGCUUCUCCGUGGUGGGGUGGCUGCAGGGUUAGAGUCUGGCGCUUGCAGCUGUUAAGAUAAAUUCAAGUCUUGGUAGCAACUGCUUGUGAAUCACGGGAGUGGGAUUAUGUGGAGGGUCUCGACUGUCUGGUUCAGAACUCUUGAGCGGUGGGCUGCAGGGUGAAGAGGGAGCUGGGUAGGGGUCCUCCUGCGUCGGAGGAUUAAUUUUAGCUCAGAGUGAAAGGGGCAGAAUUUGUUUCCCUUUAUAGCAGUGGUUCUCAAUCUUUUUAAUGCCGCAACCCCCCCCCAACUGGUCGUUAAGUCGAGGACUACUCAACUGGUGCAGCACCGUUUGCAGAAUGGGACUUUUGGCGGGCUCAGCAGGGC